AUGAAGAGUAUUCAGGAAUAUACAAUCCUGUGGAACGCUACUGAGAGUGGAACCUUCAUCAUUCAAGUGAUGAGACAAAGGGAGCGAAACAAUGUACAGUCGUGCACUCCCUACUCUGAUGAUGAUAUGCGUUUAAAUUACUUCGAAACGAUUAAAUUACCUAUGAUCUUCCCUAACUUUUGUCAUCUUUAUCAAGGUAUAAGAAGAUUUACAAAAUUUGAUUAG